AAAGAAAUAUGGGACACUGGUCGGAUAGACAUUGAAGGUGAUCUAGAGAUGGCACAGGCAGUGUAUGGUAGUAUGUACUACAUUCUAAGCUCCACCCGACAUGAUUGGCCGUACGGAUUAAGCCCCGGGGGUCUACCGGGUGGCGAGGAGUACAUGGGGCAUACAUUCUGGGAUCAGGAUAUUUGGAUGUACCCCCCUCUAGUCCUGCUUCAUCCAGACUUGGCCAGAAGUUCCAUGAGAUAUCGUAAGAACAGGUUGCCGGCUGCGCGCAGAAUCGCCAAGGAGUAUGGAUAUAAAGGUGCUAUGUUUCCCUGGGAGAGUUCCUAUACUGGCCUGGAGACUUCCCCUGGGGAAAAGUACGGUAAAAAUCAGAAUCACAUUACCGGUGACGUCGCGUUUGCAGCCAAGAUGCUCUGGGAGGCUACCAAGGAUUUCUACUGGUUGCGGGAAGUUGGUUACCCGCUUGCGUACCAGACCGCGGAGUACUGGGCAAGCCGUGUAGAAUAUGAUGCUGAGAACGACAGAUACGUCAUCAAUGACGUCAUGCCGCCAGAUGAGUAUCACUAUCCGGUCAACAAUUCAUUUUUCACUAACGUUGUGGCUAAGAUAAAUCUUCUCUUUGCCAAAGAAGCCGCCGAUAUCUUGGGCAAAGAGGUUCCAGAAUUGUGGUCAACGAUUGCGGAAAAAAUGUUCAUUCCUUUCGACAGUCACUAUAAAUACCAUCCGGAGUUUGACGGCUACGACCGAACAGUGUGGGUCAAACAAGCAGAUGUGAUACUGACAGGCUUUCCGUUGAUGUAUGACAUGGACAAGCAGGUUCGCUUGAAUGACUUAGCAUUUUACGAGAAUCGCACAGAUCCUAGCGGCCCUGCCAUGACACAUGCUAUGUUUGCUAUUGGCUGGCUGGAAGCUGGUAAAAAACAGAAAGCAGAAAAGUCCUUCUUGAAGAACUAUGCUAACAUCCAAGGUCCUUUUAAGGUAUGGUCCGAGAGGAGGUACGGCUAUGGUGCAGUGAAUUUCAUUACUGGAGCUGGAGGCUUCUUGCAAGCUGUUCUCUACGGUUAUGGCGGCUUCCGAUUAAAAGACGAUGGCCUCCACUUCAAGUCCACCCUCCCUUCCAGGGUAACGAAGUUAACCCUGAACAUACACUAUCUGGGAUGCUCGCUAAAGUUUGAGGUACACGUCAGGGGGAUAACCUGCACGCUGGUGUCUAACGGCCCCAUAUCACCUGAUCUGGAGGUGGUGAGAGGAAGACACGUGUACGCUUUGAAAAGGGGCGAGCCUGUUACCCUGAAAACAAAGCAAGGAGUGGUGCGCAAGCGCGUGAGUACAGUACAAUCUGAAAUGCCACAGGGCGUGAAAGGAUGUCAUCGUAAUUUGUAAACAAGAUCUCAUUUACUAAACGCAUGCGUAUACCGCAAGCCUCCUGUCCACCCAAACAGGAAGUGUCCAUUGAAGUCUGGAGGGAACGAGUCUACUUCGGAACCUGUUCGCUUAUGGGAAGGGUCCGUGUGCAUCAGGCAGGUAUAUCGGAUUAGGAAGCACUCUGCAUGAAAGUGAGCGUACUGUAAGCCAUUCUUACGUUUUGCGCUCGCUUAACUCAAAAUUU